UAAUGCUCUGAACUUCGAGUCACUAAGCCUGGAAUUAAAGGAUCCUAGUUUGAGUCAACGGAUUUUAUCGGCUUCACUGGGUGGUAUAGUGACAUCACUUGUCAUGACACCGCUGGAUGUGGUAAAAAUUAGAAUGCAGGCCAAUCAAAGAAAGUCUUCUAAAUGUUUUAUUUAUUGUAAUGGGCUUAUGGAUCACCUUUGUUCAUGCAGUGACGAAGUGAGCAAGACUUUUCGAAGCCUCUCAAGAACUUAUCCAUGGUAUUCAAGAAAAGACAACUUCACUGGUACUUGGGUAAGUUACUACUGUCGUUUAUAUUCACACAGCGAUCCGUUACUUGUGUCUUAUAGCAACUACAUGAUUAUAUAG